UCGGUCGAUCGGGGAUCGAUUAUUCGUGUCAGCGCUGUUUUCUGUGAUCCUCUCAUACUGCCUUCACCAUCCCACAAUCCUUUGCGACCACUAAUACUGUCCAGUCAUUGCGGAGAACAACAGAGAGCAUGAAGGAGACAGCGGCCAAGCGGCGGGAAAAAGCGGGGAGAGCGGAGAAGAAGGAGCCGAAGGAGCCGCAGGACGUUGAGAUGCCGGAGGAAGAGGCGGCUAACGCGGCUAAGCAGCCCCGAGAGCUGGACAGCCUGACCCUGGACGACAUUAAGGAGCAUGUGAAGCAGAUAGAGAAGGCGGUGUCGGGGAAGGAGCCUCGGUUCGUGCUGCGAGCUCUGCGAGCGUUGCCGUCCACCAGCCGCCGCCUCAACACCAACGUGCUGCACAAAGCCGUCACCGGCUUCUUCACCAACAACACCAACACCAGAGACUUCCUGCUGGGCUUCCUGGAGGAGCCGAUGGAGAUGGCGGACGGAGACGUGCAGUUCCGUCCUCGGACGGGAAAAGCAGCGACGGCUCCGCUGCUGCCGGAGGUGGAAGCUUAUCUGCAGCUGCUGCUGGUGGUUCACCUGACGAACAACAAGAGAUACACAGAGGCUCAGAAGGUGUCUGACGACCUGCUGCAGAAGAUCGGCUCCAAGAACCGCAGAGCUCUGGACCUGGUGGCUGCCAAGUGUUACUACUAUCACGCACGAGUGUACGAGUUCCUGAAGCAGUUCGACACCAUCCGCAGCUUCCUGCACACUCGCCUGCGUACGGCGACGCUGCGUCACGACGCCGACGGUCAGGCGGUUCUCCUGAACCUGCUGCUGAGGAAUUACCUGCACUUCAACCUGUACGACCAGGCUGAGAAACUGGUGUCCAAGUCCGUGUUCCCAGAGCUCGCCAACAACAACGAGUGGGCCCGAUACCUGUACUACACAGGUCGUAUUAAGGCGAUCCAGUUGGAGUAUUCUGAGGCUCGCAGGACUCUGACCAACGCUCUGAGGAAAGCUCCACAACACACUGCUGUGGGCUUCAAACAGACGGUCCACAAGCUGCUGAUCGUGGUGGAGCUGUUACUGGGAGAGAUUCCUGACAGACUCCAGUUCAGACAGCCGUCACUCAAAAGAUCCCUGAUGCCGUAUUUUCUGCUCACACAGGCGGUGAGAACAGGUAACCUGGCUAAGUUUAACCAGGUGUUGGAGCAGUUUGGGGAGAAGUUUCAGACCGACGGGACGUACACACUCAUCAUCCGCCUGAGACACAACGUCAUCAAGACCGGUGUGCGGAUGAUCAGCCUGUCGUACUCUCGUAUCUCUCUGGCCGACAUCGCUCAGAAGCUGCAGCUCGACAGUCCAGAGGACGCAGAGUUCAUCGUUGCCAAGGCGAUCCGUGACGGCGUGAUCGAGGCCAGCAUCAACCAUGAGAAAGGCUUCGUCCAAUCAAAAGAGACCAUGGACAUCUACGGGACCAGAGAGCCUCAGCUGGCGUUUCACCAGAGGAUCUCCUUCUGCCUCGACAUCCACAACAUGUCUGUGAAGGCCAUGAGGUUUCCUCCAAAAGCUUACAACAAAGACCUGGAGUCAGCAGAGGAGCGUCGGGAGCGUGAGCAGCAGGAUCUGGAGUUCGCCAAAGAAAUGGCCGAAGAUGACGACGACAGUUUCCCAUGAUCCUCUCUGCUGACUUCCUUAGCAGACAGGAAGUAGUGUUAUGUGUGUGUGUGUGUGUGUGUCCGCACGCUGUUAGUAGAUCAAUUAUUACCCACAAUCCCCCUCUCCUCCUCCUCCUCCUCCUCCUCUUCUCAUCUCUCUGACGUGUAUUCCUCAUGUGACCUCUGACCUUUACUCUGCUGCAGCUCCUGUUUGUUGUUUCACUGAAACAAAUAAAAACACUCAGUUUGUUUACACUGUUUGUGUUUCUGUGGGUUUCUGGGUAAUGUAGUCUCCUCUGCCUCACACCAGCAGCCACUGAACUACACUCGGUUAUAAAAUACAGACGCACGAGUAUCAAACACAGUGACGUCACUUUAAAACGCAAGUAAACAUGGACUAUUGUUACCACGGUAACAGUUUGUUAACAAAAAGACUGAAGAACGUGAAGGUUUAGAGUCUGUUAAUAAUAAUAAUAAUAAUAAUAAUAAUCAGUCUGCAGUGGUUUAAUGGAACAUGAUGAGUGUCGUCACCUCGCUGGAUUAAUUAUAAAAGAAACUGAAAUAAAAUCUAAAUAAAAGUUUAUAAAAACAGAAUAAUGAGAAAUGAAUCUGUUGAUAAAUAAAGACGUUAACUGUUGGAGGCCUGCUGGAGAAACGGACAUAAAUCCGUUUCCAUCACUGCAGGAAACUGAAGAAAAACAAUUUAUUGAGCUUUGAGGAUUUCAGAUUUUAUUCUAACUUGUUUUGGCUCGUCUGUCAUGUGACUCUGCGUUUUAACAUGCAGCUGCUUCAGUACAUUUAAAACCAAACGUUAAUGAAAGUCGGCUCUGUAACCGCUGACUCUGCCUUUCAUCUGGUCUUAUGAACACAGAUAUGCUUGAUUUUAAUUGGACGGUCAUUCAUCAGUCAUUCUAGUUGAUAUAGUGACUGUGAUGCUGCUAUUGUGUGUAACUCUGUAAUAUCUAUUCUGUAUUAUUCUUUUAUCCUUUUGUAUGAUGUUUAAUGACCAGUACUGAGCUGUUAUAUGUUUUAAUUGUGACGAGGCUGCAGAUAAACUCGCUAUAAGCUAACUGCUGCUUUUUAAACUGUAAACGCUCCUUUCAAAAUAAAAUAAAGACAAAAAAAACUUCAAA